UCUCACAGAGUGACAGCGAGAGGCCGGUGAGGGAAUGGGCAUGGAUUCGGCCUUGGUGGUUGUGGUGCUUUGCGCCAUGGCAGCUGCUUGUGAGGGCGAUGAGGCUGUGGGAGCUUCGUUUGUGUUCGGUGACUCUCUCGUCGACGCCGGCAACAACAACUACCUUCCUUCGCUGUCCAAGGCCGACUUGCGACCGAACGGCAUCGACUUCGCGGCCUCCGGUGGACAGCCCACCGGAAGGUUCACCAACGGGAGGACCAUUGCAGACAUCAUUGGAGAGUUACUUGGGCAGAAAAGUUAUGCCCAACCAUUUUUAGCACCCAAUACAACAGGAUCAGUCAUACUAAAUGGAGUGAACUAUGCAUCUGGAGGUGCAGGAAUUCUGAAUGGGACAGGAAGAAUAUUUGUUAAUCGGCUUGGAAUGGACGUCCAAAUCGACUACUUCAACAUCACUCGGCGACAAUUGGAUGGACUGCUGGGGAAGGCCAAAGCAAAGCAGUUCUUGUGGAAGAAGGCCAUCUUCUCCAUCACCAUCGGAUCCAAUGACUUCCUCAACAACUAUCUUCUCCCCUUCUUCUCCGCGGGAGAACGACUCAUCGACUCACCCGAUGGCUUCGUCAACGACCUCAUCACCAGCAUGCGCAGCCAACUCAUACGGCUGUACUCGCUCGACGCGCGAAAGAUCGUGGUGUCCAACGUAGGACCCGUCGGAUGCAUCCCUUACCAAAAGACCAUCAACCGAAUCAAGGAGAACGAGUGUGUCAGCUUGCCCAACCUGCUCGCCGUUCGGUACAAUGCCCAGCUGAGGGACUUGCUCGCCGAGCUCAAUGACAACCUCCCCGGAGCCAGAUUUGUUCUUGCCAAUGUGUAUGAUCUGGUGAUGGAGCUGGUCACGAACUACCGAUCCUACGGCUUCAAGACUGCGAGCUACGCUUGCUGUGGCAAUGGCGGGCAGUAUCAAGGCAUCAUUCCGUGCGGACCGAUGUCGUCCAUGUGCGAGGAUCGCGCAGGCUACGUUUUUUGGGAUCCCUAUCACCCGAGCGAGGCGGCCAAUCUCUUCCUUGCCAAGUAUAUUGUUGAUGGGGACUCCAAGUAUGUAUCUCCCAUGAAUCUUCGACAACUCCUGCGGCUUUGACGUGUAAGUGAUGUGUUCUGAUGGCUUCGCGUGUGCUGAGUUAAUCUUGGUGUUCUUGUAACAUGAAAUCUAUCAAGGGUUCAUCAUUGAAGCCA